AUGACGACCGAAUCAAGGAUCCCUUCAAGGGCUGAAAAAUCUCCAUUACAGUCGAAAUUUCAGCGUCAUCAAAAUGAUGCCGAAGUAGGCAGACCUUCUUCUCGGCUUUCCUCUUUUUCUCCUUUUAGAAGGAGUACGCACUUUUCAACUCCUUCCCAGCAUAUUCAAAAUUCUCCAACACCAUCAUUCUCUUCGGGUUGGUCAAGCAAUCAAAAUUCCAUCGGAGGAAUAGGUGAAGCACCACAAGCCACCAAUCGAUCACAAUCAUCAUCAUCUUCUUCCAAGAUUCCUUUCAAGCCGCCAAAACCUGCAGCAUUACGAGUCAAGAAAGCGAAAGCAUUGAGCAUUUCACUUUUAGGAGGAGGAGGAGGUAACAAUAACCCCGAAGAAACAAACAACCGUCUUUAUCGACCUCAGAGUAGCCUCGCAAUGAGAGAUACGCCAAAGACUGCGAUCGGAAUCUCGAACGACAGAUCAACAGAGAUGACUCCGAUGACAUUGCAAGAGGCCUUGGCAGCCGAUGAUGGAGGUGAUCGUUACCCUUCCAUGCCAGGAAGGACGAGAAAUAAAAGAGAACUUCCACCCAGAUCUUCUUCCGCUUUGGACUUCUACCGGGCAAACGGCCCAAGCAAAGGGUUGUCAAAUCGCGAAUUCCCAUCACCCCGCAACGAAUAUCAACCUUCAGCUUUCGAAAAUGCACAAGAAGGAGAACAAUCGGAUGAAGAUCAUUUGUUCAUCAUUGGAGCAAAUACUUCAUCGCCAAGCAUGCAUCAAAGGAAAAGAAGUGCAUCUUUUUCGAGUAAUACAGCAUUGGAAACAGAUAUAGCCUUACGAUCUGCACCAUUGCCACAAUCACCGCAAGGAUGGCCACUUGACACAGCCCGCGAGCUACUUUCUGCUUCUUCGAAAGGUCCACUUUCAAGUCCGCCAGUCCAUACUAGAAAUGGUAUUGAUGAAUUCAAAGUGUACGGCAGUCAAGUCACCCACAGUAAUUUACCACUGCGAUCAAAUGGGUCAGGUCUUACGGCCAGUCCAUUUUUGAACACAUUCAAUGCACGCGCACAAAUGCAGCCUGCUACAUCACCUAUUUCAAGUAACUCAUCUCCGCAAAGUCGCAUCCCGAGACGAAAAGCAGCUCCUGCGCCAUUAGGAAAAGCGGAUAUCCUUCGAAGCAUACAAGGAGCAAGCAGUGAUUCGUCCAACCCAAGUUCACCGUUGUCCACUUAUGGCAAUUUACCAAGCAGUCCACGUAGGACACCUUCGCAUAAGCGUAUUCCGUCUUCGUCUGAAAUUAAUGAUUCAACAAAGCAUUUCCAAUUGCCAAGACAGAGGAACAGAUCGCAAUCGCAUGUCUUUGGAGCGGCAGAAUUGGGAAGUUUGAAUGCUGAUUUGAGUCGUUUAGACAGCAGCAGUGAUUUGAGCCUCGGAAAGACGAGAAGCUUAGCGUCUGAGUCUGUUCUCCCUCAACAUCCUCUUUCUGCUCGGGGAGAACCAUACUCUGGUCGUCACAUGCUAUCAGAAGGUCCUGUGGUCUCUGCACGUACGACAAGUAAGACCUCGAAUAUUAUCCCGCCUCCAUUACGAAAGAAUAGGUUGACAAAACUAGGCACGCAAGAAUCGCAAGAGCAAAGCUUACCUCCGUCUGGACGAAUGCAUGACGAGCGCUAUAGAUUACCCGGCAUGGCCAAUGGAUCUUCCACCGGCAAUCAAGCUACAUCCCUGCAGGGAUGGGGACAACAAAUAGGAGGAAUGGGGGCAGCAGUAGGCAAAAAAGGAUGGGAUAUGUUCAAACAAUGGAAUGCUUCAGCAAAUAAUAACAACAACAAUAUCUCCUCUGUCCCAACCCAAAGCAGUAAGGUCAACCAUUCGUCCCGAAUGUCAAUCAGCACAAACAAUGAAGCUACAAGAAAGUGGAUCGCUGCAUUGGAAGGACCGCAGUCUGUUGGAAAGGCUGGCGGACAAAGUAUGAGAAGCGGUGUAUUUGGUGUGCCUUUGCAUGAUGCCGUUUUAUAUACCCGAUUGGGAAGUACGGACAAAUCAAGGAUUCAAUCACCUGGACGAGCGCAAAUCACAGCGCUUGAUCUAGGAUCAGAAUUCAAGAUCGAUCUACCAGGCCUCAAGACACCUUCGCCAAUUGAUACAUACAAGAAACAGGAAUUCUUUGAACGAAGGGCAGUUGACCGUGGAGAGGCUCGAUUAAGGUACCUGCCAGGUCUUGUGGUGCGAUGCAUUGAGGCGAUCGAAUCGUUUGGUAUUGAUGAAGAAGGUAUUUAUCGACUCUCUGGCAGAUCGACACAUACGACCAAAUUACGGCAAAUCUUCGAUGCUCCGUUGCCGAAAUCGAUCGGUGCGCAAAAAGCGGCAGAUUUACGUUUGGCCGAUAUUGGACCGGCAGAUUUGGAUCUGAAUAGCGUUUGCAGUCUUUUGAAAUCUUAUUUGAGAGAAUUACCGGACAAUCUUAUUCCGGAAGAACAAGCUGCGGAAAUGAAUGCAAACGUUGCGAAACAAUGUGGUAUUCAAGCAGUUGGGCCACCGCUUCUUCCUGGCGUUCCAAAUCCGAAUGGAAUCGGUAAGGGAGAACUAGAACAAGCAAUGGCGAUUAAAGUGGCAGCCUCAGGAGCGAAUUCUUCACCACAAGAUCAGGCCAAUAUGGGAGGAAAGAUUGCCAAUGCAAUUCUUGGGACAAUGUCUCAAUUACCGGCUGCGAAUUGGUACCUUCUACGUGAAUUAUCCAUGCAUUUGGCCGAUUUAACCAGACCUGAGGUGAUUGAAAGGACAAGAAUGCCGUUGUCAAAUCUGUGCUUGGUCUUAGCACCAACAUUGGCACUUUCUGUACCACUGAUGCGAGCUAUGGUGGAAGAGUGUGACACGGUCUUUGGUCAAUCAUGUCCUGCUAUGGAUCCUGAUUUGGAUAAUGCGGAUGCGAAAUUGUCAAGGUCAACAGAUUCAAAUGUGACCAACCGAUACAUUCCACCGGCAAACAACUUGGGCCUCAGAUUGCCGACAGAACCAUCAAAUCGAAUGAGCACAGCAACUGUGACUGACAAACGCAAAUCAACAAGUAGUGUGAUGACAUUACAAGCGGUCAAAACUCCAAAAGCAUCAAAGAAUGCGACGAAUGGAGAAUCUUACCUAUCUCUUGAAAAGGCACCUGUUCAAUCUCUCAUGGAAGAAGAUGAUCCGGAUUUGUUUACUUCGCCGAUCGCUGCACAAUUCAUUCGUCAACGCAAAGCAUCUAUUGCAGGAUCGUUGGAUUGUCUUAGCUUAAACAGUGAAGGAAGUCUUGGUAGUGGACCUAAAGCACGAGUCCAUCCUUCUCUGCUGCAGGAUAAUGCAAGUGAUUCAGGACGGGCUAAUCCGAAUAUGUCACACAGCUCAAGCUUGGCACCUUCACCAUUAAUUCCUCAAGCAGGUACAGACACCUUCUUGAGCGAUCGUGAUUCUAUACAUUCUUCUGGACCGAGCGAUGAUUAUUCGUCUGCAGCAAGUAGUUUAGGAGCCAGUACGAGUAGUGGAUCGAUUCAUGGCUCUUCGCCUUUGUUGACUCAAACUGAUCGUUUACGGUCUAGCAGCAGUAAUGGCAGUAUUAGCGCUCUUGAUCGCCCAAGACCCAAGACUGGAUCAACGGCAAAGUUUUUCAGCGCGAUGCCCAAGACAAGAACGAAUGCUGCACCUCAUUCAAGAGUUGCCUCUAAUGCAUCUGCAGGAACAGUCUCAAUUCAAUCUUUUGCCAAUUCAACAAAUUCAAACGGUAGUAAUGAAGGACCUGCAACGCCAGUUGCACAAAAGCGUGAUUUUAUUGAAGCACCACCAUUGAUCAAUGUUAAUUCGAUCUCAUCCGAAAAUGAAGAUGCAGGAACGAAAACUGUUCGUGCCUCACCUGAACAAAAGAAAUUCGUUGAUGAUUCACCGAUGGAUAUGCAAGCAAUACGAAGAUAUUGGUCAAAACAAAUGUGA